AACCAACCGUAGAGCUGAGAACAAUCAUCUCUGCUGGCAGCUAUGUGGCUCGCCCUGCUGUGCUCUGUGAGCUUGCUACCUGGCGGCCUGGCCCUGCCGCUGCCCCGGGAGGCGGGGGGCAUGAGUAAGCUACAGUGGCAAAAGGCUCAGGACUAUCUCAAAAGAUUUUAUUCUCGUGACUCAGAAACAAAAAUUGCCAACAGUUUAGAAGCCAAACUCAAGGAGAUGCAAAAGUUCUUCAGCCUGCCUAUAACUGGAAUAUUAAAUGCCCACGUCAUAGAAAUAAUGCAGAAGCCCAGGUGUGGAGUGCCAGAUGUUGCAGAAUACUCACUAUUCCCAGAUAACCCAAAAUGGACUUCCAGUGUAGUCACCUACAGGAUCGUAUCAUAUACUCCAGACUUAUCACCAUUCACAGUGGAUGAAUUAGUGGCAAAGGCUUUAGACUUGUGGAGCAGAGAGAUCCCCCUGCGUUUCAAGAGAAUUAGGUGGGGAAUUGCUGAUAUCAUGAUUGGCUUUGCAAGAGGCGCUCAUGGAGACGGCUACCCAUUUGAUGGACCAGGAAACACGCUGGCUCAUGCCUUUUCACCUGGGCCAGGCUUAGGAGGAGAUGCUCACUUUGAUGAGGAUGAACGCUGGACUGAUGGCAGCAGUUUAGGAAUUAACUUCCUGUUUGCUGCAACUCAUGAAAUUGGCCAUUCUUUGGGUCUGGGGCAUUCCUCUAAUCCUCAUGCUGUGAUGUAUCCAACCUACGAAAAUAGAGAUACCACAAAUUUUAAACUUUCCCAGGACGAUAUUGAAGGCAUUCAGAAACUAUACGGAAAGAGAAAUAAUUCAAGAAAGCACUAGAAACUCAGGGAAAACAUCCGCUCAUUUAUCGGAUUCUACAUCGUUUCCCAACCAGAAUUAAUAAAUACAGUUCUUUUGCUCCAUUUAGCACUGACUUUAUGCUUCCUUGUAUUGCAGUUGUUUUUGUUUCUCUCUCUUCCUCUGAGGAUAAACUCCUUUAUUGCAUGACUAUGACUCUCUUCAGGCAACUUGCAAUUGGUAGAUGUCAAUAAAUGUUAUAUACACAAAUAAAUAAAAUUUUUAUUCCAUGGUGAAAUUA